ACAAAAGUGGCGUGACGAUGCGACGCGAUUGCGGAAGCACGAGGAGACAGACGACAAGAUUGCCCGCCAGAGCUUCGAGGAGACGAAAUAUUUGCGAAGAUAUUCGGAAUUGAACCCUCAAGCGACGCGGCGGCACUCGUUCAAUGAAGAAGAGGAU